CCAUUUUGCCACUAUAUAAAUCCAAUCCUGUGCAUUCGUCACCAAGUCAAACGGCAAAUUUUUUCAUCCCUCGCGAUUUCGAAAGAAAAUGGCUCGUACAAAGCAAACUGCUCGCAAAUCAACCGGCGGUAAGGCUCCGAGGAAGCAGCUCGCCACCAAGGCGGCAAGGAAAUCUGCUCCUACUACUGGAGGAGUCAAGAAGCCUCACCGUUAUCGCCCUGGAACUGUUGCUCUACGUGAAAUCCGAAAGUACCAAAAGAGCACUGAGCUUUUGAUCCGCAAGUUGCCAUUCCAGCGCCUUGUUCGUGAAAUCGCUCAAGACUUCAAGACUGAUUUGAGGUUCCAGAGCCACGCUGUGCUUGCACUUCAGGAGGCUGCCGAGGCUUAUCUUGUAGGUCUGUUUGAGGACACCAACUUGUGUGCUAUUCAUGCUAAGAGAGUCACCAUCAUGCCUAAGGAUAUCCAGCUCGCUAGGCGAAUCCGCGGUGAACGGGCUUAAGUUUUUCCCUGAUUGGAUGCAUUAGUUCAUUGGAUUUGAUACAAUUAGUGUAGGUUCUGUAGCUUCAAUUCAAUGAAGGGUUUCGAUACUAUUAAACUAUUGUGGAAAGGUUAAUUGAAGUACAGCGGACAAGUUUUUAUGUGAAUUCGACCUUUAAUUUGGGUUCUUUUA